ACAGGAGAGAAACCGUAUCACUGUGAUAUCUGUAGUAAAUCAUUCUCUCGAAACGGUGACUUAGCUACUCACAAACUUGUUCAUACAGGUGAGAAACCAUAUCAGUGUGACAUCUGUUAUAAAUCAUUCUCCGUGAGAGUUAACUUAGCUAAACACAAACGUAUUCAUACAGGAGAGAAACCAUAUUGCUGUGAUACUUGUGGAAAAUCAUUUUCCCAAAAGGAGCAUUUAACUAAACACAAACUUACUCAUACAGGAGAGAAGCCACAUCAUUGUGAUAUCUGUGGUAAAUCAUUCACUCACAGAAGUGCUGUAACUGUACAUAAACGUACUCAUACAGGAGAGAAACCA